GGAUUCGUGACAAAGUGCAACUUAAAGAUUUGUGGUUGGUACGGGAGGCGUUGACUGGACUCCUCAUUGUUUGAGUGAUUAAAUGGGAAAUCCUGAAGCAGCUACUCCAGUGAAAAUAUGCCCAUAUGACGACGAAUUUGGAAUAACUACUCCGUCUGGCGGUUUAAUCUUUAAUCCAUUCCAUAAAGAAUUUCUCAGUCGUGUUGAACAAGUAAACUUCAGCCCUGGAAUAUUUGCUUACAAUCCCAGCCCAAUUAGCAAAAGUGGUUCGAAGAAAACAACUCCCAAUAGAAUUAACGCACCCUUUAUCUUAUCUCCUGAUAUUCAAGGAGAAUUGUUCCCUGCUGAUAUAGAUGAAAACCCAGUACUGCAACUAGAACUUCAGGAGAGACUGGAUACUCAGUGUGAUGAUGAGAUUCAGAAUAGAAUUCAUAGCUUCUUCAAAAAUCAUCUUAUUGCACCUAGCCCUGAUACUGGAGUAAAUAACUCACCAAUUAAAUUCCAAUCCAGUUGUCUCCCACGGACUUCGUCUCUCCUACCUACAGCUACUCCUUUAGGUAAAAAGAAAAAGAAUUCAUAUCUUUUGGAAAAUACAUCCAAUUGUAUGCGUGAAGUUGCAGUGCAAACAUCGAUCUCUGUGCCUCCAUCAUUUGACUUUGAAUCAGUUAUGCGAAUUGCUUUUGAACAGGAUUAUUCAAUGAAAAAUCAUUCUAUUCCAAAAUCUUCCAUUAUAUCAUCAAUAACAGCAAAUGAAGCUGUUUCAAAUGAUGAUAAAUUAAAUUCACAACAAAAAUUGUUUCCAUUGAAAAAUAGUAUAUCUUUGUCAGCUUGUGCAGUUCAUCGUCCGAUUCCUUGCAAUUUAAAUAAUUCUUUAUCGAUAAUUCAUAAAAAUUCUCGUCAUUUUCUUAGUCGACGUAGUUUAUUCUCAGAUUCAUCAGAAAUAAAUGAAGAACCUAGCUGUACUGUCAUAGAUGACAAUGAAUCGAAUGAACAACAAAUUACAUUAACUUCAUUUGAUGAUUUAAGUCAUCAUCACGAUAAUUCAAAUAUUUCAUCUAUAAUUACACAACCAAUAUGUUCAAUUUAUCUAUCAUCAACACAAAUGGAUCAUGAAUCUUCUCAUUUGAAAUUCAGUAUUGAUAAAUUUUCUCCUAAAAAUGAAUCAAGCUCUCUAUUGAUUAAAGAAACUGCUGCAUUACAAAUGUGUUUACCUAUUAGUUGGGCUGAUAAUAUUGUUGGGAAUAGUGAUAGUUCCGAUAGUGAUGAUAGUAACAGUGAUAUUAACAAUGAUGGUGACAAUUUAACAGACCAAGAUAAUUCCAUUAGUAUGCAUACAUUGAAUCAAACUACAAUUGAACAUAAUCAAAACAAUAUUGAUCAUGAUGAUAAUGCAAUAUAUUUCGAUGAUACUGAUAAAAAUAUUGAUUACUACAAAUGUAAAUAUUCCUAUAUUGAUUAUUGCUCAUCACAAAUGAAUUCACCGAAAGAACAUCAACAACAAUUUCGUUUUGACACUACUAGUCCAAUUGUCUGUUACACUGAUAUGUCAUUUCAAAGUCCUGAUUUAUCACCAAUCUUACCUGUAAAUCAUAAAAACUAUGCAGAUUAUCCAUUAACUUCUUUCGAUGUAAAAGAUGUUUCUCUUGUUCAAAAUAAUAACCUGCAUAUAAUCCAUGAAGAUGAUAGUAAUCUUGCAGUCAUGCCAGCAAAAUGUUUAUUCCUUCCUAAUUUAAAUGCAUCGAGUUGAUGACAAUAAUAGAAAAUUAUUAUUAUUAUUAUUAUUUGUAAUGGUCACAAUUAUAAUUUUAUCACAUGACAAACGUGGUCGACACUUCACUACUGCCUCUCUCUCACUCUCUCUUUCUCUCUCCUCAUCUACUUACAAAUCAGUCGUUUUGAAUGUGUUAACAGUGUGCUAUUCUAUUUCUUUUUAGCUCUGUGAACGGCUGAUAAGUUUUUAUUGCAUACAGUAUCGUUUUUAUUUUGUGUAAUAUAUAAUUGAAUAAGUUGUUGACGAUAAAUAUCCCUGUCGGCAGUUAUUUUAUUUCUUCUUAAAUACAAAACUUUUCUACUACUACUACUACUACUA